AUGCCCGCUUCAACAAUAGCAGACCUUCGCACGGCCAAAAAGAUCGGAUUCAUCGUUCCAUCAUCGAAUGUCGCUGUUGAAGCCCUCACCAUCUCCAUACUCCACUCUCUCAACGCCAAUAUAAUCCCCAUAUUCACUCGCAUUCGCGUCCUCACUCUAGGAACAGACCCUACCUCAAUCUCCCAAUUCUCACACUCAGCCUUCGUCACAGCAGCGCAACUCCUCGCCGACGCAGCCUGUGAUGCAAUUCUCUGGAACGGCACAUCAGGAAUGUUCGUCGGAGGGACCACAGCCGACGACCGUGCUCUAGCAGAAGCCAUGUCCGCUGCAGCUGGAGGAAUUCCCUGUAGUACCACCACUCUCGCUACAAUCGCAGCUUUAGACCACCUCGCAAUUCGAGACGUCAGCAUCGCGGUCCCUUAUACUCCCGAACUGACCGCCAAAGUUGAGGAGUUCUUCUCAAAGGAAGGAUAUGUGGUGCAUGAGGCCAUGUGUAUGGAGCGCACGCCUGAGAGUAACAUUCAGAUUGCGAAAUGUUCAGACGAUGAUAUCCGGGAUGUUAUCAAGAAAUCAGCAACAUCGGGGACGAAAGCUGUGCUGGUUACCUGUACGAAUUGGCCUGCCACGGCGUUGGUCGGAGAAUUGGAAAGGGAGCUGGGGAUUCCCAUCAUUGAUAGCAUCGCGGUCACACUGUGGCAGGGACUACAAAUGAUUUCUUACCAAUCCGGGGAAGCCGACUCGAGCCAGUGGGGAAGACUUCUCUCAUCGAUGUAG